AGGCCUAUAGGGACAGGGAUGGGGAUUAAAACCAACCCAGGAGCUUCCCCUUUCCCUGCAGCCUCCCGCGAGAGCUAGUGUGUCUCCCCCGCAGUGCUCAGCGUUAGAUGCCUUUGAAAUCAGGCCAGCAAGAGGCCGAGUCACGUGGACUAUUUGGCAUUUCUCACAGAUUGCAGUUAUAUUUCCCUGCAAGGGGUGAGAACCAGCAAGAAACUAUAAGGAGUUUUCUGGAGAAGUACAUGAGGGUGCAGAAAUGGUCUGGGGUCACAAAAAGGAGAGAAGGCGGUUGGGACUUCCCAGAUGGAGGAAUCGGGGCGCCAGCCAGGUAGGGUCAAGGGGGCCGUGGCCGGGGCAGUGGACCUGCGAGUCCCCCCUCUAGGGGUUAGGUGCUGGGAGAGUGUGAACACGGCAUCAGGAAAUGAAAGUAUUUAAGGAGGUGGCAGAAGAGGAGAGAGAGGCGAGGGACGGCCCAGGAUGAGAAGCUGUGGUUGUGAGGCCAUAGCCACGACUGCAAAGGACCAGGAAGUGGAGACGUGAGGACGGCCCGGGUCACUUACCUGGGAGACAGUGUUCACAGAAGCUGAAACGCAGCCUGACCCUGUGCCGAGAGCUUUAUGUGUCUUCAUUUUUAAACAGACUUCCUGUUUUAGAGCAGUUUUAGGUUCCCAGCAAAGUUGAGCAGAAAGUCCAGAGUUCCCACAUACCCAGCCUCCACUGACACGUCAUCACCACCCAAAGCCCAGGGUGGACAUCAGGGUUCCCUCUUGGUGUCGUACAGUCUGUGCGUUUGACAGUGUUUAUAAUGACGAGUACUUACCACUAGAGUAUCAUACAUGUAUUCAUUUUUCAAACCUUCUAUUAUGGACAUUUUCAACAUCCUCCAAAGUAGAGAGACUAGUCUGAUGAAUCUACAUGUACCCAGUGGGGCUGCCAAAGUGAUCAUCGUGUGGACAGUGUUUCAUCUGCACACCCUAGCGAGCAAUGCUGCUGGUUGCUGGUGAGCCCCGUUUACGGAAGAUAAAUGGUCCCUGGUGUGCUCAGGAAAGUUUCCCUGAAGCUGGGAGGUUAGAAGCCAGAUGAAUAGGGCCCCACAAGGUUAGUCGCUUGCCCCAAAUGAAACGCAUCUCAGCGAAGGGCCGCACCGCAAGGCUGGGAGGUGCCUCUGUAUUAUACAACUGCUGAGCCAGCUGACCUGCCCCAGACCUUCACUGCGUGCGCCAGAGCCACACAGAUGGAAACGGCAGGCCAGCUUUAUCCCCCAUGUGGCCCAACACAGGUAGGAUGCUGACAGUGGUGUGCAGUGCAGCCCGCCCGACCUUCCAAAGCGGAGGUACAUCUUUACAUCCUGCGGUCCUCUUCCGCCAGGGUUUUGUCCCCCAGGCCUACCCUCAGGAGUUAAGACAUCGUCAGUUACAAGUGACAGGGUCCCAACCCAACUGGCAUAUGCAAAAAUAAAUACAUAAUGACAGGGGAGGGAGGCUUAAUGUUCCUGUAACAGACCCCAACGCCCAUGGGUGAUUCCAGCUCCAGUAACGUCGUUGGGAUACAGGCUCUCCAUCUCUUGGCUCUGCUUUUCUUUGUGUUUGCAUCCUUUUCAAACAUGCUGUCUUCCCCAGGCAGGGGGAGUGACAGUAGAUGUCCCAGGUUAGCAACCCCAGCAAGAAAAGAGCUCCCACCUUCCCAGUCGUUCCAGCCCAAGUCCCCGGGCACUACCUCUCAUAGGUCCAGAUUGGAUUAUGGGUUUAUCCUUGUCUCAAUCUGUGUGGCUCUGAUUGGCUACCUCUGGGCCUGUGCCCACCCUAGAGGCCAGUGUUGGGGUCAUCCUCAUGCAAACCUUGUGUACCGAGAAUGGAGGAGGGAUGGCCCCCCCAAAGAAAACUCGGGGGCCGUGACCUGUUGCUGGGCAUGCAAAAACGCCAGUUGUCACUACAUUUCCCGGUAAAUACCAAAUGCAUCCCAUACUUGUGCUUGUAUAGAGUACGCCUUCCAUGCGUGCUGAUUUAUCACACGGUCUACUUGGAGACCCCUGCCUGGAGAGCAGGAGGUAGGCACACUUUUCAGGGUCAUCACUGUGGCCCUGUUAGCAGGACUGUGGCAGGUCUCCCAUCUGAAGUGCACGGAUGUUGUUUCAGCUGUCACUAUAGUUUGUGCCAUCUAUUCUGUCGGUCCAGCUGACUUCUCUUUUGGAACUAGAUAUCCUUGACUGAUUCGUAGAGACCUUCCUUCUCCUCUGGGGUAAAUUAUUAAUCCCCUAAACUAACUACAAACAUUCUCUUGUCUUUAAUUUAGCCACGCCUUUUUUCCUGCAGGGAAGGCCUCUAAACUCCCUCCUGUCGGACAGCCCACCAGCCCGCUCUGGCUUUUCAGGGAAGACUGAAAGGACUGAUGGUAGAGCGGGGAGCAGCCUUCUAACUACAUUUGCUCUCCUUGACCCCUGGCACCAAUUCCCGUGCAGCUGGAAUAUAAAAACACAGGUUUCCUCAAGAGCUAACACAUCUUUUAGGUUUUCCAUCCCCAGUUCUUCCAGCUGACCCAUCCCCCUUCUCCCUCUGGCCAGUUUUACCCCAUCCUCAGGCAGCGACAGCACCACUGCUCUUUUGCAAACUGCAGUCUUCAACACAGCAUGUGCCAAGUUCAGCCCUCUCACCUGUGCCAGGCUGCUUCCAUCAGGACAGCUCAACCCAUUUGAGAGGGACAGUACAGACUUUCUGGGACACCAAGUCCACACACACAAAUGGCUUAUGAACUGAGGCUAAAGAACAGCCUAGAGCUAUGGCCUCUGAAUGUUUCUGGAUCAUUGACAUAAAUCAAACCCAGAGUGUGUACCCUCACCAUGUUUGUGUCUGCUUACAUGUCACACGCAUGUACUAAUCUGAACUUUAUAGCACACAUACACAACUAGAAUUUUUAAACAAGUAAAAUAUUUAAAUAAGGCUAAAUGAAAAUAGGUUUUUAUUUAAAUGAUUACAAUUAUUUAUUGGAAAAAUUAAAUAGAAGAGAUGCUACGGGUCUUUUUGGACAUUCUCUACGAGGUGUCUUAUGAACCUCCUGGGGGCAAGAACCUGCAAGUCUGGGCACCACUGGCCUCCAUCACAGCCCUGACAAGAGGUCUUCCAGAGCAGUGGGUAGCCCUCAUCCCGCUGCCUGACCGCAGUUGCCCAGCAGCCUCUGGGAACAUGCAAAUCCCCGUGAUUCUACAUUUGCUUGCUUACUGUCUUCCCAUGUCCACAUUCUACGUCCUCACCACCUUUUUGCCCUUCCUUAUGCCAUGUGUGUGCGUUCCUUUUCCGUGAAGCCUCCGGACCUUGCUGGUGGCCCCAAAUAGUUUUGAGAGGUUGAAAAGUUCACUGAUAUUACACAGUGUGGAAACAGGCGCUCGGUCGACGUUUGAACGAAGGAAGGUGGAACAAGGCCGAGCCUGGGCCCCGGAGUCUGGGUCGGUCGGACCCGGCUCUCGGGCUACAGGACUGGGCGCCCUGAGCAGGACUGUGGGCGAAACCCUGACCCCAGUCUCCCGCCACCAGCAGCAGCCCUCGGGCGUCCUAGCUCAGCUAACGUCUAAGCCUGUGUCCCAGUGCCCCCAGAGGUCACAGCGUGUUUGGGAAUGACUGGGGUGCCUACGCGGAGCGAGUCGCCCCGGCGGCGACCGCAGAAGGCUGGGACCCGCGGCUCGGUGGCCACACGAGUCCGCACCCAGGGCCGACCAACCGCCACCCGGAAGGCUGACAAGCCGGCGCGCGCGCGCCACCUCGUCGCUCCCAGACACGCCACAUCCGGUCGGGACCCGCCCCGGCCGCCAGAGGCUUGUGGCAAGGGGCGCUGCCAAGUCUCCGAACAGUGGGCUUCCAGAUCCUGCGUUCCUGGGCUCACAGCUGCUCACCUUCACCAGCCACCUACCUCUCUGUGUCCCUUCUCUCCUCAGGAAGAGCUCUGCCAUCGAGGAGGGCAGCACAGGGCCAGGCCUUGCCCAUGGACCCUUCUCAGGACAACCCGACGGCACCCGCAGAGCUGCUCUCCCCACCUUUUGGGAGGAGCCAUGGUGUUUAGAAGGUGGCUGGGCCUCGGGGGUGGCAGUGUCUGCACGGGCCCCCGAGGCAUGCUCAGGGCCAGCCUGCUGCUUCUCAGCCUGCUCUGGAGGGCGCGGGGCACAGCCAGCGCCAGUCUCAGCGCGGCUGUGGGCCAUACCGUGCCCCUGACAGGGCGCCGCUACCUGAGCAUUGGGGAUGGCUCCGUGACGGAGUUUGAGUUCCCAGAGGAGAGCGAGGGCAUCAUCGUGGUCUCAAGCCAGUACCCGGGCCAGGGCAACGGGACGGGGCCCAGCCCCGUGCUGAGGGUCACCUCCCUGGACACAGAGCUGCUGACCAUCAAGAACGUGAGUGCCAUAGCCUGGGCUGGUGGGGGCGGCUUCGUGGUGAGCAUCCACUCGGGCCUGCCUGGGCUAGCACCACUCCACCUCCAGCUCCUGGACCCCUGUGAGGCCCCACCCACGCUGGUUGAGGAGCGGAGAGAUUUCUGCAUCAAGGUCUCACGUGCUGAAGACCCUGCCGCCCUUGGCACUGACUUGGCCCACUUCUCAGAGAACCCAGUACUCUACCUGCUCCUGCCUCUUAUCUUUGUCAACAAGUGUUCAUUUGGGUGCAAAGUAGAGCUCGAAGUUCUGAAGGGGCUCCUGCAGAGCCCCCGGCCCAUGCUGCUGGGCCUCCUGGGCCAGUUUCUGGUUAUGCCCUUCUGUGCUUUUCUGAUGGCUAAGGUCUUCAUGCUGCCCAAGGCCCUGGCUCUGGGCCUCAUCAUCACUUGCUCGUCGCCCGGCGGCGGGGGCAGCUACCUCUUCAGCCUCCUCCUCGGGGGCGAUGUCACCCUGGCCAUCUCCAUGACCUUCAUCUCAACAGUGGCUGCCACCGGCUUCCUGCCGCUGUCCUCGGCCAUCUACAGCCGCCUGCUCAGCAGCCACGAAACACUCCACGUGCCCAUUUCCAAGAUCCUGGGGACCCUGCUGUUCAUCGCCAUCCCCAUAGCAGCGGGCGUGCUGAUCAGGUCGAAGCUCCCCAGGUUCUCGCAGCUGCUGCUGCAGGUCAUCAAGCCCUUCAGCUUCGUGCUGCUCCUGGGCGGCCUCUUCCUGGCCUGCCACAUGGGGGUCUUCAUCCUGGCGGGCGUCAGGCUGCCCAUUGUGCUGGUGGGCCUCACAGUGCCCCCGGUCGGCCUCCUGGUGGGUUACUGCCUGGCCACGUGCCUGAAGCUGCCAGUGGCCCAGCGUCGGACUGUCAGCAUCGAGGUCGGGGUGCAGAACAGCCUGCUGGCCUUGGCCAUGCUGCAGCUGUCCCUCCGCCGCCUUCAGGCUGACUAUGCCUCCCAGGCCCCCUUCCUUGUGGCACUGAGUGGCACCUCAGAGAUGCUGGCCUUAGUUACUGGCCACUUCAUCUAUAGCAGUGUGUGUGCAGUUCCCUGAGGCCCCCCGGGUCAAGCUUUCGCCACCCCUAGCCCCCAGCCUCCACCCACGGCCCCCACAGUUCUGUGUACCAAAGGCCUUUAGUUCUCAUGCACUCUAUGCACUCAGAAAAAUCCAGGCUUAUUUUUUUUACUCGUUUUUUAUUCUCCAGCUUUCAGUGCCAAAGAGGCCAUGCUGAGUUCAGUAGGUGGGCACUGCCUAGAAAAUAUAUUUCAAUAAAAGAGAGAAGCAAGCUUGGG